AUGGGAAAGGUCAUAGGCAUUUUGGGAAUCUGCAUUCCUCAAUAUUCCAGCAUAUUCCUCAAUAUUCCAGCCGAUUCCUCAAUAUUCCAGCAGUUCUCUCAGAAUCCCAGACGAUUCCUCAAUAUUCCAGCAGAUCCCUCAGUAUCCCAGCACAUCCCUCAGUAUCCCAGCAGAUCCCUCAGUAUCCCAGAUGAUUCCUCAAUAUUCCAGCAGUUCCUUCAGUAUCCCAGAAGAUCCCUCAGUAUCCCAGCCGAUUCCUCAGUAUCCCAGCCGAUUCCUCAGUAUCCCAGCACAUCCCUCAGUAUCCCAGACGAUUCCUCAAUAUUUCAGCAGUUCCCUCAGUAUCCCAGCAGAUCCCUCAGUAUCCCAGCCGAUUCCUCAGUAUCCCAGCAGGUCCCUCAGUAUCCCAGCACAUCCCUCAGUAUCCCAGACGAUUCCUCAAUAUUCCAGCAGUUCCCUCAGUAUCCCAACAGAUCCCUCAGUAUCCCAGCAGAUCCCUCAGUAUCCCAGCAGAUCCCUCAGUAUCCCAGACGAUUCCUCAAUAUUCCAGCAGUUCCUUCAGUAUCCCAGAAGAUCCCUCAGUAUCCCAGCCGAUUCCUCAGUAUCCCAGCAGAUCCCUCAGUAUCCCAGCCGAUUCCUCAGUAUCCCAGCACAUCCCUCAGUAUCCCAGAUGAUUCCUCAAUAUUCCAGCAGGUCCCUCAGUAUCCCAGCAGAUCCCUCAGUAUCCCAGCAGAUCCCUCAGUAUCCCAGCCGAUUCCUCAGUAUCCCAGCAGGUCCCUCAGUAUCCCAGCACAUCCCUCAGUAUCCCAGACGAUUCCUCAAUAUUCCAGCAGUUCCCUCAGUAUCCCAGCAGAUCCCUCAGUAUCCCAGCAGAUCCCUCAGUAUCCCAGCCGAUUCCUCAGUAUCCCAGCAGGUCCUUCAGUAUCCCAGCACAUCCCUCAGUAUCCCAGACGAUUCCUCAAUAUUCCAGCAGUUCCCUCAGUAUCCCAGAAGAUCCCUCAGUAUCCCAGCAGAUCCCUCAGUAUCCCAGCAGAUCCCUCAGUAUCCCAGCAGAUCCCUCAGUAUCCCAGACGAUUCCUCAAUAUUCCAGCAGUUCCUUCAGUAUCCCAGAAGAUCCCUCAGUAUCCCAGCCGAUUCCUCAGUAUCCCAGCAGAUCCCUCAGUAUCCCAGCCGAUUCCUCAGUAUCCCAGCACAUCCCUCAGUAUCCCAGAUGAUUCCUCAAUAUUCCAGCAGGUCCCUCAGUAUCCCAGCAGAUCCCUCAGUAUCCCAGCAGAUCCCUCAGUAUCCCAGCCGAUUCCUCAGUAUCCCAGCAGAUCCCUCAGUAUCCCAGCACAUCCCUCAGUAUCCCAGACGAUUCCUCAAUAUUCCAGCAGUUCCCUCAGUAUCCCAGCAGAUCCCUCAGUAUCCCAGCACAUCCCUCAGUAUCCCAGCCGAUUCCUCAGUAUCCCAGCAGGUCCCUCAGUAUCCCAGCAGAUCCCUCAGUAUCCCAGCAGAUCCCUCAGUAUCCCAGCAGAUCCCUCAGUAUCCCAGCAGAUGUAUUUUGUUUCCUACACCUGUUUAUCUGAAGCUGUAUAA